CAACCUGGGCAUAUAAGUGUGUUACCCUGCCUGCAAACGCCUUUCCACGUCGUCAUUCAAAUGGGGCUGGUUUGAGUAGGUCCAACGCCACUGCUCUACCACAAACCGUUCCCUUCGGCGGAACCAAAGGGCAGGAAAAGGGAAAUUCAAGAUCCCAGAGCUAAAGCUUGCGUUUUUCUAGGAGCAGGCUUUAACAAGUCUUUUUUAGAGUUGUACAGGUGGCUUUGUUCCUUCACUUUCGCCAACCGCUUGGCCAAUGGAGAAUUUCAUUCGAUCGCACCACCAAAUGCUGGAACACCAUGCGGAAAAGUUUGGAGGAAGCUGUGAAGAAUUGAGCUGUAACAGCACAACUGAAAGCUUCCACGAAAGUCAAAUGACAACAAUGCAAGCACCCAUACAACAUGGCAUUGUGCACUCUCCGUACAAGCAGUUCGGGCCAGUGCAGUUGUCAUUUGUUGAUUUCCUCACUGAAAAACUACGACCCCAUGGAAACAGGAUUGCACUGACCGAUGGAGAAAAGAGCGUGACCUACAAAGAACUUCUCAAGAAGUUUCGCUGCUGCGCAGCCAUGCUUCAAGCUCACAGCGUUGGUCCUGGUGACAAAGUCUAUUGCCAUUUCGGAAACAGCAUCGAAGGUUUGGUGGUGCUUUACAGCAUUGGCCUUGCCGGGGCUACCGUUGUCCUGAGUGAUCCAGAAUACAAAGAAGGAGAGGUUCAAGAACACAUGAAAAAGUGUAAUGCGACACAUGUGGUCACUGACCUCCGCUAUUCCUUCAAGUUCAGCCCUCGAGACCAAGCAAAUAGCAUAAAGGCAUAUUUUGCAUUCGGUGAUGUGCCUGGAUUUAUUUCAAUUUCCAACUUUGACACUUACAAUGACGAGGAUUACCAAGAGGUCAGGAGGUGCCCAGGGCGAAUCCUUGCCAUGACAUACACAUCUGGAACAACUGGUCGAUCCAAAAUUGUUGAAAUCGCGGAGGAACGGUUUCUUGGAAAACUCUGCGGAAUUGAGGCUACCGGUCUGUGCAGCGUGGACGACGUAUUUUUGGCUUGCGAAUACCUCACCAUAUACUUGUCAUUUUCCUUGAACUUAAGGUUGAUAUGCUGCGGUGUCCGCUUGGUGAUCAGUGACAAGUAUUGGUCGGCGGACCACUUUCUUUCCACGGCCAAAGAUGAAAAGGUGACCCUUCUUGUGACGACACCUUCGGUGCUAUAUCUACUAGCAAGCGCUGUCGCGGCUACGGGUACGAGGCUUCCUUCACUGAGGAAGGUGGUCAGCGUAGGUGCAACUCUACCGAAGAGCAAGGCGGUGUUCGUGAUCUCCACGUUGAAGCUUACGGAAUUCAGGAACAGCUAUGGCCUGUCUGAGGCGGGUGGGGACGUCUGCCUCCCCCCAGCUGGUCAGUUAUGCUUUGACAGCGUAGGAUUUCCUGUUGCCGGUACAGAAGUGAAGGUCAUUGAUCCAGAGUCCCACAGGACGAUGCCGCCGCUGGAACGCGGUGAAAUAAUGGUGCGUUCGCCUAACAUCAUGGUCGGAUACUACAAUGACCGCGAGGCAACAGCUGCCGCUAUCGACGCUGACGGCUGGCUGCGCACAGGGGACAGUGGCUACUACGACGUUUCUGGCCGGCUGUUUUUGACCGAGCGGCUGAAGAGCGUCAUCAAGUGUUUCGACAGAAAGGCGGAGCCCUUCGAGGUGGAGCAAUGUGUUCUCGAGCUACCCUGUGUGGCUGAAGUAGCCGUGCUGGGCGUGACUCACCCGGUGCUCGGAGAGGCACCCGCCGCCAUUGUUGUCCUGCGAGGAAAAUGGCAGCCGGAGAACCACGGCUCCAUCGCACAGCAGAUCAAAGAACACGUGACAGAGAGACUGGCUGUUUACAAGAGACUACAUGGCGGGAUAGUUUUUGCUGAGGAGUUGCCAAAAACUACAAGAGGCAAAGUGCUGAGGCGCCUUCUCAUGGCCGAGUUUGUAAAACAUAAGACGGCCGGAUCAUUUUAUUGAAUGAUGCCCAGGACAUUCGGACAUGUUUGUUCCAAUUUACUUUUCCUACAAGUUACAGGUGAUGGAACAUCGUUAUAAAAUAACAUGAAUAAAGCCCGAUGAGUAUUCAUUGCAG